CAGAAGACCAGGAACAGGAUGCUAACAGUGCGCUAACAGCUACUGCUACCAAAGGAAUUCAUGAACUUCAUUACCGCAGACAUUUAGCUCGCUUGACUGAGACUUAGUCAUGUCUCAAGUAGAGAAGAAAGCAGGGCUGCUGCGGCGGACGUCAUCCUCCAAAAAACCUUUGAAAGAGAAGGUGGUUCUGAUGUAUGAUGAGAUCUUUGCUAAAGAAGACCCAGCCAAAAAUAACCCUCGCUUCUGGGAUGAGCUGUUUCUCAUGAAGGUUAACUUGGAGUACCUGGAGUCCAAAUUGGAGAGCGUAAAUGGCGAGGAAGUGCAACGUAUUCAAGACAACAUCAACUCUCUGUUUCACCACUGCGUCCAGGCUCUGGGAGAGGAGCAUCAGAUCAAAGUGGUCAAUGCCCUGCAGACACUCUGCGCACUUUUUCGAGGGGUUCAUCAGAAGAAUAAGUCUGCAUCCGGCUUCGACAUUAUUAACAUGCUCAUGGGCUUCGACAAAGCUGAGCAGAGAAUGAAGGAUCUGAUGGAGAGGUUAGACAGUCUUCUUUGUGGAGACAGCUCAGAGAGCCUGAAAAGCCUUUGCCUAAAGUUGUUACUUUGUUUGGUCACGGUGACAGAUAAUAUCAGCCAGAACACAAUACUGGAAUACGUGAUGAUCAACAGCAUUUUCGAAGCUAUUCUACAAAUUCUCUCAGAUCCGUCCAGUAGAGGGCAGCAUGGUUAUGAUUCUGUGGUACUUCUGGCACUUCUAGUUAACUACAGAAAAUAUGAGUCUGUGAAUCCAUACAUUGUGAAACUUUCCAUUGUGGAUGAUGAGCCAACUCUGGAUGGAAUGGGUGUAGUCCUUCACCAGGCUCUGACAGAAUAUAACAGACAGUACAAAGAUAAAGAGGAGGAAAACCAGGGUGGCUUCUUCUCCACCCUCACUAGCAUGGUGGGCAGCAUGUUUAUAGCAGAUGUUGAUGAGAAACUCUCUGUACAGACAAAUGAGGCAAUUCUGCUGGCACUUUAUGAGGCAGUCCACCUUAACAGAAAUUUCAUCACAGUGUUGGCUCAGCUUCAAACACAAAUGUUGGUGCCACACACAGGCUACUUUGAUACCAUUUUUACAGGGGCUUCUACUAAGACCAGAUACGGCCAUGUGCACACUUUGAUGAACAACCCAGAGUUGCCCUUGGAUCCUAACUUGCAGACCAGCAACCUUCUCAUUACCUUCCUCAAGUAUGCCUCCAUCGUAAUGCAGGAUACGAAAGAUGAGCAUCGACUCAACAGUGCCAGACUGUGCCUGAUCAUCCUCACAUGCAUCGCUGAGGACCAGUAUGCUGAUGCCUUUCUUCAUGACGACAACAUUAACUUCAGAGUCAGCCUCCACAAAAUGCCGAUGAGACACCGGAAAAAAACCCCGGGCAAAAACAUCCCCUCACGACCACUGGUCUGUGCUGUUCUAGAUCUAAUGGUGGAGUUUAUCGUCACUCAUAUGAUGAAGGAUUUUCCUAUGGAUCUAUACUUACGCUGUGUACAAAUCAUUCACAAACUGCUGUGUUACCAGAAGAAAUGCAGAAUCCGGCUACACUACACCUGGAGAGAGCUGUGGUCAGCUCUCAUCAACCUGCUGAAGUUCCUGCUGUCCAAUGAAACCGCACUACUGGCCAAGCACAACAUCUUUUACCUGGCCUUACUGGUGGUCAACUUGUUCAACAUGUUUAUAACCUAUGGAGACACGUUCCUACCAACAUCCAACAGCUAUGAUGAGCUGUAUUAUGAAAUUGUACGAAUGCACCAGGUCUUCGACAACCUCUACUGUAUGGUUUUGAGAGUAUCCACCAACACAGGCCAAUGGAAGGAGGCAGCCAGCAAAGUUACGCACGCUCUGGUCAACAUUCGGGCAAUCGUCAACCAUUUUAAUCCCAAGAUUGAGUCGUAUGCUGCAGUGAACCACAUCUCCCAACUGUCAGAGGAACAGGUUUUGGAGGUGGUUCGGUCCAAUUAUGACACCCUGACCCUUAAACUGCAGGACGGUUUGGACCAGUUUGAGAGGUAUUCUGAGCAGCCAAAGGAAGCUGCUUUCUUCAAGGAGCUGGUGCGCUCCAUCAGUCUGAACGUGAGGAAGAACGUCUCUCUGAACUCGCUCAGUCAGGACGUGCUGCUUAAAGAGUUCUCCACCAUCUCCUGAGCCUUCAGAUUCAUCUUCAAACAAACUGAUUACACCCACGAUAGACCAGUCCUCCAUGGUUCUUUCCAUUUCCAGACUUUGUCCAAGAACUGAGCGGAGGAACCACCCUGCAGAGACGGACCCCACAUCGACUGAGCAACAGUCGCCAAUCUAAACUCUCUGCAGACCUCCCCUCCUUCCUCUGCGGUCGUCUACAUGCCUGACCACAAUCAGCCAUGCUGGCUGGACUGUUACCUGACAGCGGAACAAAGUAUUUCUUCUGGUGUUCCAUUAAUCCCAGUUCAUGAUUUAGUGAAGGAACAUUUUAGGCUCUCUGUAUUUUUCCUAAGUUGUGGUGAUGGUGACUCUGAGCCAUUUUGACUCUUCAUGAAUUUCAGAAUUUGCCUUUACAUCUGGAUUCCUGAUGAGUGAAUGUAAAAAUACAAACAAACUCUCUUGUUUCUGAUUUUCUAUUUUUCUUUAUGAUAAAGCGCAGAACAAGUAAGUGAUUACAUUAAGGAUGCCAUGAAGUGAUUAAAAACCGACUAUAGCUAAUGAGAAAUGUCUCCUGUUACAUUCAUUUCUCUUCAUAUUAGCAAACUAAUCGGGAAGUGUUGGAGGUUGGCUUUCUGCUCAGGAGGGGACACUACUCUGUCAUUAUGUGUGUGGUGUGUGUUUGGCACGAAUUAAGACCUU